AUGGGGAAAAAGAAACAAGAAAUGGCACAGGUUUACAAUGGUUCUAAAAACGAAUUCAUAUUCGGAGAGCAAGGGGGCAAAGGUAAAAACCUAUCAUCAUUUUUAAAGAAUUUGUCAUUAACAGGAUCCAGCAACAACAACAGCCAGGAAUCAAUAGAUGAAGUAAACAGCACCAUUUAUGGGAGUUUAUCUUACAAGAAGGGAAGAAAUGGAUCCAAUCCCAUGUUAAGUCAUGGUUCAGGAUUUCCAACACAACCACCAAUCAAAAGAACCGUGUCAAUGGGGUCAUCUUUUGGAAGCGACCAUCACAAAGAAUCAUCUCCUAGGUCCUCAUCAAAAGGCGAAAGACAUGUGAAGGAAAAAUACACUGAUUUGGAUGAUGACUGGAAUGCAGAUAUACAGGACGAAGUAUCCAAACCUGUUGUGCCGCCGCCAUUAUUAGAUUCAUUAUACCCCGACUUGACAGUACCAAUGAGUGUUCCACAAUCCAGUACCAGCCAGUACUUGGACGAAGAGGAUUACAAAACUAAAACCGAGAUUAGCAAACUUAACCAAUUGAAGUUCAAAUAUGCCAAAUUCAAAUCAGUAUUAUCGUCAGAGAGCAUCAUCAACAUUCAAGAGUUGCGACGCUUGUCGUGGAAUGGUAUACCCAAUGAUCUUAGAGCAUUAUCAUGGCUGCUACUUUUGGGAUAUCUACCGACAAACAAAUCCAGACAAAGUUCAACUUUGAAGCGCAAACGUCAAGAGUAUUUAGAGGGCAUCAGUAAUAUCCUGGUAAGUUUCGACGAAAAUUCAAAACCAGAAGUAAGUUCAAAUGGCAACAGAGAAGGACUUAUUUACCACCAAAUUAAUAUAGAUGUUAAACGAACCAAUCCAUCAAUCAAAUUAUAUGCAUACCAGAGCACACAAAUGUCACUUCGAAAGAUUUUGUUCUUGUGGGCCAUGAGACAUCCAGCAAGUGGGUAUGUGCAAGGUAUCAACGACUUGGCCACUCCAUUUUAUCAAAUAUUUUUGAACCAUUAUCUAUGGCAACUACAGAGAAAACAGUCAAAGGACCAUAAGGACGAUAGCGACAGUGACGUGUUUAUUCCGGGUUAUUUGUCAGAUGGCUACGACGAAGAGGAAAAUGCGUUGCUUGCGGACAUUAACUUAGGAGAUUUUACCAUCAGCAACUUUGACACGGGCAAGUUGAGUCAAAGAGCCACAACAGUCAUUGAGGCAGAUACAUAUUGGUGCUUGUCGAGAUUACUUGAAAAUAUUACCGAUAAUUACAUCCACGAACAACCGGGUAUCAUAAGACAAGUCAAUGAGCUAAAAAAUUUAGUUUCAAAAAUUGACUAUGACUUGAUUAAACAUUUUGAUGAGGAAGGGGUAGAGUUUUUGCAGUUUUCUUUUAGGUGGAUGAAUUGUUUGCUCAUGAGAGAACUUCCUAUUGACCUAAUUAUACGAAUGUGGGAUACGUAUUUGAGUGAGCAACCAUUAGGAUUCAGUACUUUCCAUACAUAUGUUUGUGCUGCAUUUUUAAUAAAGUUUAGUGGAGCUUUAAAACAGAAGGAUUUUCAGGAGAUUUUAUUGUUUUUGCAAAGCCCACCCACAUCAAAUUGGAAGGAGAAGGAUGUUGAGCUUAUGCUUAGUGAAGCAUUCAUGUGGCAGACUUUGUACAAGGGCGCAGCAGCCCAUUUGAGGUGA